CAUUAUCAAGCAGGAGCCGGGAGAAGUUCCCACUCAGCAGCAGCAGAUGGUUUCCACGGUAACGGCAGCCCAGCAGCUCGCCGCGGCAACUCAGCAGGAAGUCACUUGAUCUCCAUGUCGCCACAGAGACAGACAGGAGGGGCCAAAGGGGCGGGGGCAACAACCAGCAAGGUAUCAGACAAAACACACACUGACACUACACACAUACAUACACACAUAUGGUUCACAGCCAAUGAGCAAGGUAUCAAAGAGCAAGGGUUUUGACCUGUUAAAAUACAUCUCCCAUGUUUCCCCCCUCCAGGUUCUGGAUAUCCCUUUAGGCUCCGCCCUCCAGGUUCUGGAUAUCCCUUUAGGCUCCGCCCUCCAGAUUCUGGGUAUCCCUUUAGGCUCCGCCCUCCAGGUGGCCAUCAGCAGCGGACAGAUUCUGGUCACCAAGGGUAACCCCUCCAUCUCCAAGGUGAUGGGCGGGAAGCAUGUGGUCGCCCAGGGAUGUUGCCAAGGCCAUCGUCAGCGGGGCGGCCGGUAGCAUCGUGGGUCAGCAGGUCAUUGUUAAGGCAACUGGGGCCGCAGGGGGAACAGGAAAGAGUGGA